AGUAAAUCUGUAUAAAUUAAAAAUUAGUACUUUUAUCAGAAAGAUACAUCACCUUUAUUAUUGUAUCUAAUCUUAUAUACAACUGUAAGAUAAGAUGCUCAGAAAUGUUCUUACCGUUAUCUGAGUUAUAAACUAAUUAGUAUAAGGAUUGGUGUGCAAAGAUUUACUCAAUUCCUAUAUUGUGUCAAUACCUGUGAAUAAUAUAUAGUUUGGUUGUAGUUUUAAAAAUGCUGAGUUGUUUUUUCAAUAGUGGCCCUUCAAAACGGUGGACGUUGCCAAAAGUUCCUCAAGAAAAUGGUACACAAAACAUCAACGGCCAUUACGUAAAACUUACACAAGAUACUAUAACGAUUUUACAUACAACGACGAAUGACUCGAACUCUGUAUCUUAUCAAAAUGGUACUUCAGAACUACAGGCAGCAGUGGAAACAGAAGAAAAGGCUUCUGACGUUCAAGAAAGGAGAUCUGGGGUUCGUGCUCAAACUAUCAACACCGAUGAUCAAAAUUUCACAUUCGAAGAAAUCCCAAAACAUAAAAAAAGUAACGAGGAUGAAGAUCUUAUUAGGACUGCAAUUGCGUCUAAUGGUUUUCUUCCAAAUUUAUUGGACGGAGAAAAACUGCAAAUGAUAGUUGAUGCAAUGUAUCCAAAAGAAGUAAAGUCGAAAGAGAUAAUAAUUAGAGAAGGUACGGAGGGUCAUCAUAUGUACGUGUCAGCAUCAGGUGUCUAUGAAAUAUCGAUAAAGGGUAAAAACAUCAACAACUUCAACGAUAAUCGAGUUUUCGGUGAGCUGGCGAUAUUGUAUAAUGCGAAACGCCAGGCGACAAUCCGAGCUCUAAAAGAUGGAAAACUAUGGGUUUUGGACAGUGAAAUUUACCAAAAAAUAAUGGUACAAAGUGCCAUUCAAAAACGAAACGAAUUGGUACAAUUUUUAAGAAAUGUACCUAAAUUAAAUAAAAAGAGUGAUGAGGUAUUGGGACUUGUGUCAGACCUUCUUAGAAAUGAAUUCUUUUUUACCGGAAUGGAAAUCGUACGUGAGGGCGAUAAGGGUGAUAAAUUUUACAUAAUCACUGCAGGUUCGGUCUCAGUAACAAAACGUAACGAAGGUAAAGUGGCAACCCUUACCAGAGGACAAUACUUCGGAGAAAGAGCGCUUUUAAAAGAAGAUUGUAGACAAGCAACGGUUACCGCUGAUGCUCCGGGGGUUGAAUGUCUAACAUUGACACGAUCACACUUUGUAGACUACUUCGGCGACAUCGAUCCAGACUUUAUACCGACGACUGAAGAGAAACAAGUAGUCAGAACGAAACUGAAACGCGAAUUCGAAGAUAUAAGGCUCAAAGACUUGAUUCCAAUCGAAACGUUGGGUGUGGGGGGUUUCGGCAGGGUUGAAUUAGUCCAACACAAAACAAAGAAACAGCUAACAUUCGCCUUGAAGUAUUUGAAAAAGUACGAAAUGGUAAAACAGCAGCAACAACAGCACACGUUAAACGAAAGGAACAUCCAAAUGAGUUGCGAAAGCCCGUUUAUAGUGCGUUUGUACAACACUUUUAAAGACGAUAAAUACCUCUAUUUCUUAAUGGAGUCUUGUCUAGGCGGAGACCUAUGGACUUUACUCCAGAAACAAAAAACUCGACGCUUUGAAGAGUCUGUGGCACGCUUUUACACUGGCUGCGUCCUGGAGGCUUUCGCGUAUCUUCACGAACGUGGCAUAAUCUAUCGAGAUUUGAAACCAGAAAAUCUUCUUUUAGAUAAUCGUGGUUAUCUAAAACUAACUGAUUUUGGUUUUGCGAAAACUCUUCCUCUGAGAGGGAAAACAUACACUUUUGCGGGAACCCCCGAAUACGUAGCACCAGAAAUCGUUUUAGCUCGAGGACACGAUAAAGCAACAGAUUAUUGGGCAUUUGGAAUUUUCAUUUACGAAUUACUGGUUGGGAAAACGCCGUUUAGAAGUAAUGAUAGCAGUCACAUGACAACCUACAAUCUCAUUUUGCGCGGAAUCGAUAGCAUGAGGUUUCCCGAAGUAAUAUCCAGGCCAGCACAAAAUUUGAUAAAGAAAUUGUGCAAAUCCAUGGCUUCUGAGAGAUUGGGUUGCCAGAAAGACGGGGCAGAAGAUAUAAGACGUCACAAAUGGUACCUUGGAUUUGACUGGAAGAAAUUAAGAAAUCGUGCUAUCAAGGCUCCCAUUGGUAUAAAUCUUCGAAGUAACAUCGAUACUCAAUAUUUUGAUAAGUAUCAAAAAGAUUCAGAUAUUCCACCUGAUGAUCAUUCCCCUGACUUUGCAGAUUUUUGAUUUACGUUAUUAUUCCACACAUUACUUUUUUUAACAUGUUGCUUUCACUAGUUGAUUAACCAUUACUUACAUCAAGAACCAAUGCAGAUAUAUUGUUCUAAAACAGUCGAUUCUAUUUUUACACGAUCUUUUUUAAUACGAAUUAAAAUAUAAACUCAUUUCACACAAUUCUGGAAUCCGCUAGUUAAAUGGUAGGUAAUUUUAAAACUUAAAAGCAGUAAGGUCUUUACGCCAAUUGAUUGUUUGAGUCUGUUUAUUUAUUUAAACGUAGGCUUGAGUGUAAUAAUAACUAUUUUUAUAGAGUUGAAGGAUUGGCAAUAUAUAUAUAUAUAUACGCUACAUUUUUUUUAUCAUACUCUAUCAGAGAGUAUUUGUGUAAAAACUUUUGAAAUUACUCAAUUAAAAACAGUCAGACUAUUACUUAUGUUUCAAUCUCUAUUUAAUUGUCAAUUUAAUCAAUGUAGCGAAGAUAACAAAGUUAUUUUUCAAUAAUGCAGUACACUUAUGAUGUUUUAUUUUAUAAUCUAUUUAUAUAUUUAAGCUUUAGAUUAAUCCUUAAUAUUGUUAAUUUCUUAUAAACACAUGUGAAAUAGAAAUUUCCAUUUUAUCCUAUUUUUUAUUUAAUGAAAAUAUCAACAUAUUUGAAAAC